AUUUCCGGAGGCCCUUCUCCCCUCUCCACUGGCAACUCCUUGGUCUCUAGUUAACGAAGACCUCCACUCCCAGAGGAGAAAAUGCAGUGCCCUGGAAGCCGUUUUCACAGUGCCCAGGGGCUCUUUGGAAAAGAGAAAUCCAAGAAAACAUCGAAAAAUCCAGGACUCAAAAUGAGCUGGCUGCUGGGGCUUGGAGACCCACAGAGCCGAGAACUCGGAGCAGAAACCGAGCGCCUUUGAGUCACCAGCAAGAUUAGCCGGAGGUGCGCCCCGCACGUCCGCCUUAGGACUGGGAGACACGCCUUCGUCACACACGAGCCCUGCAGAUCCCGGGGCUCGGCGGACUCGGGGGUGGUGCUUCCAGUCCUGCAGCUUGCUGUCCCGACGGGCAGGGGCUAGGGACCCGCCGGCUGUUAGAGCGAUCCAGAGCCACAGGUUGGGGGGAAAAAAAAUCGGAGCGGUGCCCGGGACCGUCGCCCUGGAAGGCAGACCCCGGGCCGCGGCUGGUGUCCAGGAGUUCCAGGGCUUGGGGAAGGGGGAAGGAAACCUCUGAAACCCGACACCUCUCGCCAAGGAAAACUUCGCAGGCUGGAAACCACAGUAUCCUCCAACUUUAUCUUGUAUUUAGGUAACCAGUAGCUUCAAUUUCUUCCCUCUGAUUAUCAAGGCCCACCAUCACGACCAUCACUAUGACCGAUGGGGACUAUGAUUAUCUGAUCAAACUCCUGGCCCUUGGAGAUUCAGGGGUAGGGAAGACAACAUUUCUUUAUCGAUACACAGACAAUAAAUUCAAUCCCAAGUUCAUCACAACAGUAGGGAUAGACUUUCGGGAAAAACGUGUGGCUUACAACACCCAGGGACCAAAUGGGUCAACAGGGAAAGCAUUUAAGGUGCAUCUUCAGCUUUGGGACACUGCAGGACAAGAGCGAUUCCGGAGCCUCACUACAGCAUUCUUCAGAGACGCCAUGGGUUUCUUAUUAAUGUUUGACCUCACCAGUCAACAGAGCUUCUUAAAUGUCAGAAACUGGAUGAGCCAACUGCAAGCAAAUGCUUAUUGUGAAAAUCCAGAUAUAGUAUUAAUUGGCAACAAGGCAGACCUGCCAGACCAGAGGGAAGUCAAUGAACGGCAAGCCCGGGACCUGGCUGAAAAAUACAGCAUACCAUAUUUUGAAACAAGUGCAGCAACUGGCCAGAAUGUGGAAAAAGCUGUGGAAACCCUUCUGGACUUAAUAAUGAAACGAAUGGAACAGUGUGUAGAGAAGACCCACAUCCCCGACACGGUCAAUGGGAGCAGCUCUGGAAAGCUGGAUGGGGAGAAGUCAGCAGAGAAGAAAUGUGCCUGUUAGACUUUACCCCAGCCUCUGAUCAUCCAGAACCCCAGGCAAACAUCAUUUCCAAAAAGAGCGACAAACCCCACCAUUAUUGUUGAGUAAACCGUGUAUAAUGGCAUGUCUUUCUUUUCCUGCCAGAAAUUUUUAAAAACCUGAAUAGUCAACAGAGUUCAGAAGAAUUGACCAGUAAUCCCUGAAGCCCCUCCAAACAAGAUCAAAGAUUUCCCAGUGUCAUCGUACCAUCAUGGGUACUCAAUUUGUUUUUUCAUAAAGAAGAUGAACAUAGAAAAGAGUGUAGAAGAAGAGAUAUCAGUGGGUUUUCCAUCAGAACCAAAAUUACCUUGUCACACUGGGGACAGGAAUAGGUUUCUGAAGGGAGAACACAGAAGGAUGACUUUUUUUUAAAGGUUGGAUUCACUUGUUAUAUAGAAUCUGAUUUGGACUUUUAGGUUUGCAUUGAGGGGGACAUACUAGCUAAAAGUGCAUACACAAUAAAGAAUUCUAAGUGGUUCAUUUAGAGUGACAUUACUAUGUAUAUCCUAUAAGCUGUGCUAGAAUGACAACAUUGCUGAUAAGGUUACGAGAGGAUGAAUGUCAGACAUCUGAGAAUAUGUAGGAGACUGUGUAAUCAUGCCAUUUGUAUAUUCUUAAUAAAUGGCAGAUAGACAAGAAUAGGACUGUGAAUGACAGAGGACAAGAAAAAGGCCCAGAGAGAGAGAGAUGAAGGUAUGGGAAAAUGGCAUUUGGACAACUGAAAUUAAAUGUGUCUCUUACAGAUGUCUGGGAGAGUUACUUAGCCAAAUUUCAAUCAAGCCAAUUGGAAGCUGACAUUAUCGGUUGGCAUUAAGAGAGUGCCCAGAGGUUUCCAUUUCCAGCACAGUUUUAGAAAUUGGUCUAGUGUUCAGCUUCUGGUGUAGUGUUCAGCUUCACAUUUCACAUUUCUUAGCAAAUCAUGAUAAAUAGUCACAAGGAGAAAUGAAAGAUUGCUGUUUAUUAAAUAUCUCUUUAUGAACUCAAGAAAAACUAUUUAGCCUUAAUUUUUUAGAUAAAAUAUGCUGGUGAUAUGAAAUAAAAAGUGACUAUUAAUUCUAAGUUUCUAAUUUACGAAGUACUAGAAACUGUAUCACAUCGCUCCCCUCCAGCCUACACCCACCCCUGGCUUUGAUUCAACUGUAAAAACACAGGUAUGUCACUUUGUAGAUCAACAACUUCAGAAUAAUGAUGGAUCAAUUUUAUGGUCACUGAAUUUUCAUGUCAUUCAUCACAAAAAAGUUGAUGAUACCUCAUGCCAUAUUGCAGUGUAUUUAGCAUCUGUUUUUAUUUUGCCUGAGGCAAAAUACCUAUGGGUGAACUAUAUUUGGGAGUUGGUAGAGAUGAAUCUCUGUAUCCUGUCUCACCAAAAUUUGGUUAAUGGCUUUAUUUUUCCCAUAAUGCUGUCUUUUCUUUCUAAACAUGAUCACAAAAGCAUUUUCCAUUGGCCUAUUCUUAUGACUGUGUCUAAUAUUACAUUGGUGUUUUAUUUUAGCUUCUGAUAAACAUAAGCCAUUCCUUUUAAAUUUAAAUGUUUCAGUCAAGUUUAUCAGUAACAAAGUCAUCAUAUUGUUUUCUCUGUUUAUUAUGAGUAUAUGAUUUUUCUAAAGGGUAGUUCCUCUUUGUAGAAAAUUUUGCCAAUUAAACUGCACUUAUCUAGA